CUCUGUAAAUUUUGACUGGCUAAAUUUACUUUCAAAACCCUCUUAUCUACAACCAAAUAUUGAUCUCCAACCCAUAAAAUCAACCUUUUCACUUCAUUUCAGACAAAAAAAAUGGCGAUGCACUCGUUAUCAUUAUCACCCGCUACAUCAUCCGUUCGUUCCGUUCACCAACGCCCUAAAAUCACCCCAAAGCUGCGAAACCGCCCUACAACACUCGUAUCUCUUCAAGGAAACUUGUUGUCGUGGAGCUCUUCUGUGAGUUAUGUGAAAUUGAGUGCUGUUGUUGGUAAAACGGUGUCGCAAAAGAGAAAUGCAACCAUUAGGUGUGCCACCCUUGAAGAAAUCGAGGCUGAGAAAACUCUGAUCGAAAAGAGUGCUAAAGAAAGGAUGGAGAAGGCUAUUGACAGCAUGCUAUCAAGUUUUAAUUCUAUAAGAACGGGGCGAUCAAAUCCAGCAAUGCUUGAUAAAAUUGAGGUGGAGUACUAUGGUUCACCCGUCAAUUUGAAGACCAUUGCACAAAUCAGCACUCCUGAUUCGAGCUCUCUCUUAGUGCAACCUUAUGACAAGUCUAGUUUAAAGGCUAUUGAGAAGGCCAUAGUCAACUCUGAUCUUGGUAUGACUCCAAGUAAUGAUGGUGAAGUAAUACGGUUAUCCAUUCCACAACUCACGUCAGAAAGAAGAAAGGAGCUGUCGAAAGUUGUCGCAAAGCAGGCUGAGGAAGGGAAGGUAGCAAUCAGAAACAUAAGAAGAGAUGCCAUUAAAGCCUAUGAUAAACUUGAAAAGGAGAAAAAACUCUCGGAAGACAAUGUAAAGGAUUUAUCGGCUGAUUUGCAGAAAGUGACCGAUGAAUACAUGAAGAAAAUCGACUCUAUCUUUAAACAGAAGGAGAAGGAAUUGCUUACGGUAUGACAAAGAAUACAUAUUAGGUUAAACGUGACGGGUUAUCUCGAUGAUCACAUCUAACCCGAGGUGAAGUUUAUCGGCCCGUAUUUGUUGUAAUCCUUUUUUGCAAUGAUCAAAUGUUGUGUGUGUACAUGUUGGGUAAUGGGUUGAAAAUCAAAGAACAACCCAAAUGCAUUCUUCUUUCUAUGAGAACUUGUUUGGCUUGAUUUUGGUGGAAGGUAAUGAAAACUGGUUGCAGAUUGGUUUGGUAA